AUGCAGACCGAAGAAUCCACAACAACAACAGAGGCACUCGAGACCAUGCAUUACUCAGCUCAGGCUCAAAGCACCGGAGUUCUUGACCCAUCAACGAUUGAACAGGGAGCAUUCGAAGCAGCGAUGGAUCACCAAGGAGGACAUGGUUUGAAGCGACAAGCAGACAGCGACGACGAUGCAGACGCCGAGACCAGCAUGUUGGAGGAAGAAAGACCGAAGAAAAAGACCCGAGGAAGAGUAAAAAUUGAAAUGAAGUUUAUUUCCAACAAGUUGAGAAGAUACACAACUUUUAGUAAAAGGAAAACUGGAAUUAUGAAAAAGGUUGGUUUAAUUAAGCUUAUGUUACCUGUACUGCGUAAUUUGAUAAGUUCCAUGCCUAAUUUUUUUCACAGUUCGGAAAAAAAAUCAGCUGACUUUUUGCUAAAGUUUCCUUUGAAUAAGUUGUCUUAUUUUAUUUCAAUUUAGGCGUACGAGCUAAGUACUUUAACAGGGACGCAGGUGAUGUUGCUAGUCGCUUCGGAAACUGGCCAUGUUUAUACGUUCGCCACAAGAAAACUUCAGCCUAUGAUCACCUCAGAGAGCGGCAAAGCUCUUAUUCAAACUUGCCUCAAUUCUCCAGAUCCUCCAGUGUCACAGAUUCCCAACCCAGACCAGAGAAUGUCAGCCACAGGGUACGAGGAAACAGAUUUAACCUACACUGUGAACGAAAACGACGCUGAAAAGAUGCAGGUACAUGUACUGCCAACAAGAAUACACUUAUCGAAAAUUUACUCAUUUAAUUUAGAUCGGCGUUAUAUCCUUUAUUUUUCAACUUAUUCGUGUAUUUAUUUACGAAUCUUCGUUAAAAAAAUGAAGCGCUAGAAUUUCGCCAUAAUUUCGAUCUUUGAACAAAUGGACUUAUGCUUGUUUUCUUUUCCGUAUUUUACUGAAAACAGGUUUAGCAAAUCCAAUUACAAAUUUAUAAACGUCUGAACCUCGCCAGCAGUUUUAACAUCAAAUUGACCACUGUUGGGGAUAAUGUCUAUGUUUCGCAUUUUUCCACAGUGCUGCAGUUUUUCACAUUAGUCUUUUCAGCGUGUUUGGAUUCGAUAAGAUCCACUUUCGCGGCAAAUGUUCGCGUACAAUUUCAAACUCCGUGUCCUUUGAAACAUUCCAACCAUAUAUGGCGUCGGUUUCCUUCUUUGGUACGUUUCUUGCCCAUUUUUGGAGACGAAUGUAAACCUGUGCUUGUUUGUUGGGGGAAUCCUCCUUUGUUUUGGAAGUUCGAGGCACUGGCAAAGCAUUUCACGGCAUUAUUUCUUCAAAUGAUUCAAAUGUAUUUUCCUGCAAAAAAUUUCUUUCGCUUUCGAGCAAGAUUCCUGAAACUUGAUAUUCUCUCGACGUUCGAGAAAUUUCUCUGUUUUAAUGCUUGCCAAUUUCUCGAUACAAGCUGCGUAAAAACUACCAUUAAAUAUAUUCGACGCGUUUGCCAUAUCGAAAUCAUAUUGAAUACAUCUUGCUUUGUAAGAACGUUUUCUUCACAUCGAAGACAAGAUUAUUUUUUUAAGUCGCGGCUAAGGUCAAAUAAAAGUUUUGAAUCAAUCUUUCAACAGACAGACUGGUCUUUUGCUCGAAGGUUAAAUUAACGUAUAAUUUUAGUUUAUCUUUGCAUGUCAACGAAUAGAUUAGCCCCAACUUGUGUUUUAAAGUGCAGAGCGAAGAAUCCACAACAACAUCAGAAGCAUCUGAGUGAUUUAUGACAAAUGCGUAAUAAAAUCAAUAUGCUCAGAUCAAUUAUUUGAUCUGUGUAUAUAAAUGUAUUGUUGAUCACUUUCAAUUUUUUUUUAACUUAAACAUCCUUUGCGAUCCGUUCAAUGUCCACAAUAUUAACAUCAUGCCAUAUAGUGUGUGUAGGGAUGGCUUUGUUAUUGAGUCCUUUUAGUAAAUUUUAAAAGCAACUAUAAUCAAGCUAUGACAGACUUUCCUCUGUAAUUACCAUAAUAAAAAUAAUUACUGGCUACAAGCUAAUGAAAUAAAUAAUGUAGUAGUUGGCGAUCAGUUGCCUAGUACACAACCAUUGGGUCCCGAGGUAUAAGGGGUUCUACAGUAAAGUUUGACUACACUAAGAAUUUCUCAUCUCUUUUCAUUUUGAUACCACAUCAGUCAUGCUAACUUAUUUUAACGUGUUCUCUUUUAUAGGACCGGGGUGGAAUAUUCACCACACAGCAAAUUGACACCACUCAAGGUUUAACAGUGGGUGCCUUGUCAGGUACUAAUGCACCCAUGACUGGCAUCACAGCUUUGCCAGCAACAGGUCAUUCCUUCCCUAUCACAACCUACAUUCCACAGUCAAACAUACAGCAGCAGGGUGGAAACAAAAAUGCCUCAGUUCAAUCAUCAUAUUCUGUGCAAGCCAUGCCAGGGGGAGCAUUUACAACUAUCUUUGCACCAGGGACAUCAGUUCAGUUGGGGCAGAACCUCUCUCAGGGACAGCAACAGGGAUCAACUGUACAGGUAGGAGAUAAACUUACUUUCUCUUCUCCAAGUUUUAGGCAUCUUUUAUUGGACUAGUGAGAUGUAGUCCUAUGAUAAAGUUUUCUUGAGCACUUUUGGCAUUCCGUUGUUCUGUUUGCAAGAGGGCUCCAAUGCUACAGUAUCAACUUAACUUUUGCACUCCCCAAAGUGACUGAAGUCAAAAUUGAGCAAAAAUUCCAAAUUUUACUUUUCAAGAUGCUGAAAAGCAAAUAGUAGCUUGUUAAGAAACUGCUGAAGAGGAUUCAUGUGAAUGGUCACACCACAGGUUUUCGACCACGUACUCAAAAGUAAGAACCACCUUACUCCAUGAUUAACUGUGGGAAUGAAGGCAAGACUUAAGUGUAUAGCAUUGCCUUUGUUUUUCCACCUCCACUAAGCACCAAAUAAUAAAAUACAGAAGAGAAUAAUAUUUAAUAUUUUAUCAUCCAGAGAAACUUGCAAAAACUUAUAGUAAAUGAUAAAUUAUAAAGGUCGUGAGUUAUAUUAUUUACUGUUAAUUGAUGGUUAUCUAGAAAUGUUAGUUUGACAAAAAAUAAUAGAAAACACUAGAGACCAUAAAUAUAAAACUAUAUUAUAAAGGAAUGAGGAGAUUAAGUAGGUUACAAAUGAAAACUUGAAUUUUGGUUAAGUAUUAACUAUCCAGUGUAAGUUUGAGGUGUAAAAUUACUUAAAUGGAAUAUAGUUAGUUACAAAGAACCUGGUUGAGUUAUGCCCAACAAAAAGCUAUCAAUGUACAACUGUUGUUUUGACAGUUUUGGUCAAAAUAUGUACUUGCAUAUUGUGUUUUAUUCUUUUGGAACAACUGAAUUUAAUAACCUUGUGAAAUAUGAACUGUCAGAUACUGGAUUUGCUUGAGUUGUGCUGGACAAAAAGCUAUCAUCUACUUGAAAUUGUGUUGUAACAGUUUUGGUUAAAAUAUGUAGUGCAUUUGUAUGCAGCUUUUAAGCACAACUAAAGAAAACACUGAAGAAUGCAUUAUAAUGCAAAGUUGACAAAUUCUAAUAAUAUGCUCAAGCUGUGCUGAGCAAAAAGAGCUGUCAUUUAGCUAUUUGGUAGUGACUGGGUCAGUCAAAAUAUGUAGCUGGAACAAAUUCUUUAGUCACAAUAGAGAAGAAUAUGCUCCGCAUGACUCUUCAGUCUUGUUUGAGUACUCCAUCAUUUUACACAGUGGGAGAGUUAAGUGUUGGGAAUAUUUGGGAUUCAAAUGUUGUUUGUCUCAUUUCACUCUGUGGUUGUAGACUGAGCUUUGUUUCUUCUGCCCUUUUUGGGUAUUUCAAAAAGUCAUGAUGGUGGUAAAACUAGUUGUUGACUAUAUAAGUCACAAGACUUCAAAAAAUUUAACUGUUGCAAGAAAUUUCAAGGAUCCUGUUUUACUCAUUAUUACGUGUGUGCAGAAUAUUAUGAACUUCUUAACAAUUAUUGUUUGGUGAAAGCAGUUUCUGUGAAAUGAUUUACAAAGGUGAACAUCAUGAAAUUUAGUUGUCAUUUAGCCCUUUUCCCCCUGAAAAAUAGUAGUUAAAUUCAAGUGUAUUAUACACUUUUUUACUAAGGCCAUACAAACUCUCUCAUUUUUCCUGAUAGUAAUGAUAAAUGUCACUGUUUGUUCACUAGUAAUUUUUUGGGUGGGUUAAAAAUGUGAGCAAGUUUAAAUGAUGUCUAUGAAAUGGAAGUAAAUUGCUCUAUUGUCAGUUUGUUAUAAAGAAGAUUACAUUGAAAUUUACUGAAACAUUUUUCCCUUCUUACCAUUCAACAGGGUUGUCAUUAUUAAGUUUUAGAGUAGACAGUUAGGAUGUAAAAGUAGGCAUCUUUGCAACUGAGUGCUGAAGGCAAUUUCAGGCUUUUACUUGCUCACCUGAGUAAACAGCUCAAAAUUUAAAGUAUCCAUUUUUUUUAGCCAGUUGCGGGCACUUAAUGAGAACCCUGUCCCAAGACCAGUAUGUAACAGUGACAUGUUCAGUGUCACUAGUUUUGUGAAAUCUUUGGAUACAAUUAUUAUUAUACGCACCAUUCUUAUAUCAAUUCUUAACCAGAGCUUUAUGUCAAAAUUUGCUUUCUGCACAGGUUCUUUCUCAGCCAGUGCAAAUCCAGCGAGUUCAACAGCCACAAACACAGACUGUACAGGUAAAUGCUGUCAACCCUACGACAACAUCCAACACCAUCACCUUGCAGAUGGGUCAGGAUGCCAGCCAGACUCAUGAGCCUAAUGGUGAUAAUGCCUCAGGAUCUCAGGCAAACAACUUACAAUCAGUUGGAACUGUAGUGGUUCCCAUAGCCACCAACCAAGAUGGCAACGUUGUCUCCCUUGGAAAUGUUGUCCCAUCCUCCAUGAUGUUGACUUCGCAAGCGGGACAAAUUCCAGUAAUGUAUAGUGUGUAUGCAUCACCAUCAUCUGGGCUUGUUACAGUGUCUCACUUGUCAGAUGGCAGUUCUGAUCAGUCUGCCGGUCAUGCUCAUCUCUCAGCAGAAGCAAGUGACAUAGGACAGCAGAGCCUACCUGGAUCUCUGUCCCUUGCCACUGUUCAGGUGCAUCCGGACAUUAACUCUGGUGUGCAGGCAUAUACAACUCAAGCUGUUGUCACAGAGAGCAGUGGCACCCAGACCGCUGAUGAAAUUCAUAUGAGUCAUCAUGGCUCAUUAGAGACUGAAACAGGCAUUGGCAAAAAUGAUUUGGCUGUGUCUGUCGGCCAAACUGAGGUCUAAGUAUCAAUUUGUGAACAAGUUCACAUUUUCAUAUGUGAACAAAAUUUGACGUUUUAAAACUCCAGACAGGGUUGGUACAGAGUCUUGAAUUCUUGAAAAAGUCUUGAAAUUUCCAAAGUAAUUUUUCAGACCUGGAAAAAUGGUAAAAGGUGGGAAACUUUUUGUGAAGCUACAACAAGUGCGUUAUAAGUGAAAUUUUUCCCGUGGUCAAAUCCCUUUCAAUCUCGCCCGUAGCCAAGACUUUUAAUCACAGAAUGAGAAUUUUCAGAACUCUCUUCCUAGGGAGUGGGUUUUUCAAGGUCUCUAUUAUUGGUAACCUUGAGUCUAGAAAAAUAAAUAUUGUUUCGGGGAAAAGUCUUGAAUUUUGGAUCCAAAAAUCUGUACAAACCCUGUCCCGAGAAGGGUAGGGGUGUAGUUUGAAACUCCUUUACCGAGCAAUAUUGCCCUUGGCACUUUGCACUUACUACAAAAUACAUUUUUCUAAUAUUUAUAGAAUUGCUUCCAAGAAGCUGGCAAAAACCAAG